CUGUCUUAGUUAUCCACCCCCACCACCCACACACACCACACACACUAGAUGACGAGGCAAAGAAGGUAGCCUCACAGGCACAAGCAGACGCUCGCUGGAUCAUAAGAAACACAAAGCCUUGUCCACACUGCAGGUACGUUGGAAUAGAGUAUAGAACAAUAAUAUUUAGAGUUACUGUACAUAAUUAUACGUUUCAUUGUUGUCUGAUUUCAAUAUUUCCUUAUAGAGCUCCAAUUCAGAAGAACGACGGAUGCAAUCACAUGACUUGUAAACAGGUACGGGCUUAACAUAAUUAUUAGACUGGAAACGGCUGCACCUAGUUUAUCUUUUGUUGCCUCUAGUGUCGCCAUGAUUUCUGCUGGGUGUGUCUUGAUCCCUAGAGUCUACACAAUUACAGAACUGGGGGAUACUUUACUUGUCCAUUGACCCCUCUCCUUCGUAACUGCAAUUGGUUCACGGCUCAGGAGAAGGCCAACACGACGGUGGAGGGGUCCAGAGGAGACAUGGAGGCUGCCUAUGUUAAGAAAGCUACAGAGGACCUUCAGUUGCACACUAAGAGAUUCCAGCAUUAUUAUGACAGAUACAACAAUCAUCUACACAGUCUGGAUAUUGAAAUGAAGUUGCUUCAAGAGUCGACUGGUAAGAUGAGAGAACUGGAAAGACUCGGACUGGCUCUCGACAAGAAAGUGGCUCGGGUCAAAGGUCAAUCUGAUGCCACCAUUGGGGUGAACUCUCCUCUCACUCCACAAAAGAAAAUCAGUGUUUUCACAACUGGAGAAGCAAAAAACUUUCUCGACGAUAUUUUCCGAAUUCUGCUGAGAGCAAGGAGAAUCCUGUCAGCCUCGUAUUGCAUUGGAUACUUCAUCCCUUAUACAGAUGAGGAGCGCGAAAUUUUCGAGGGGCUUAAUUUUCGUGGAUUUCGUGGGUUAGCAAUCCUACACGAAAAUUAAGUCCACGAAAAUCGUUCUUUACCUGCUAUAACGUGCAAGAUUUAAAGGCGUGGCUUCCGGUAAGCAGUCAUUCCGCGAACAUUGUGCAACGAAAAUACUUUUAGAGGCCAAUCCACGAAAUAUAAGUGCCUCGAAAAUUUCGCGCUAUACGGUAUUCCAUUUUGGUAGAAUUUACUACGUGUACCAUUGCAUUGUCGAGUGUAGCAGCGUUGUCUAACAGCCUACUGUAAUAACUAAUUUGGUGUGUCACUUUCCAACACACACUUACACACACACACGCACACCCACACACACACACACUCACACACACCCACUCACACUCACACACACACACACACACACACACCCCACACCCCUCAGGGCAAACUAGAGGAAGCAGUGGAGGUUGUCUCGGAGAUGGUCAAUAGACAAUACCUCCAAACACCACGCUCUAAAAUGAACGAAGCCGCUGGAAACGUCGACUACCUUUGCAGCGAAUAUCUCACCGAAAUGUUCGUGGUUGCGACAAUCGCCGAUCUGGCAGUAAAAGAAGCAGAAAAGCCUCCACCUCCGCGUGCUACCCCGCCCACUCCACGGGAGGACAGCCCACCCCCUCGUAUGGGGGUGAUUCCCCUCGGCUUUGGACCAGACGUUCCCGACCAACCGGAUGGAGAGAGGCGCUUCCGUUUGAUUGGUCUAUUGAAUCCCGAUGGAACAUUGCAUAUUUUACGAGUACCAGAAGAGGAGUUUCAAUUUCUUAGGGCCCCAGCAGACUAAUUAGCGUUAUGUGAAUGUACUUGUGAACUACAUGUAUAUAAUAAUUAUGAGUAUUCUGUUCAACAAUUUAGCUGUGUGUGUGUAUGUAUAAACAUGUUAUUUUUCAUGUUG